AUGGAGGGCCUGGCCACGGGGUCCUGGGUCCCCCACAAUACUGUGCACUCGACCUGGUUGACCCAGGACACCCUCCUCGUUGAACAGCCCUGGCUACACCUGCUUCAGUGCAACUGGAACCCUCACCAGCGGGGGGCCGCAUGUGCACUCGCCCUGCAUUGCCUGGCCCCCGAGGUUCCAGGGUCUCAACUGUCUACUAACCGGCUUCCCGACAGGACUUUUGGCCUCGCCUGGGAAGUGGGGACUGGCCCUGGACCCGCCCUGCCCACGGUGACUAUCCACAUCCUCAUCCUGCUGUUGCUCCUCGCCUUCUCCGCCCAAGGGGACCUGGACACUGCAGCCAGGCGAGGCCAGCACCAGGUCCCCCAGCACCGCGGGCACGUCUGCUACCUGGGCGUAUGCCGGACCCACCGCCUGGCGGAGAUCAUAUACUGGAUUCGCUGUCUCCACCAAGGAGCCCUCGGGGAAGGCCAGCCACGAGCCCCAGGACCCCUACAGCUAUGGGCGCCGCCGGCGGCGCGAGGCGGAAGCCCGGCUGGGUUCCCAGGAUUCCGGCCUGCAGCGAGGGGGCUAGCGCAGUGCCCAGCUCGCUGGGUGACCUCGGGCACGGCUCGUCCCCUCCUCGGCUUCAGUUUGCCUAUCUGUAUAUUGGAGCUUCUACUCCACAUUUCUUCUCCCCUAACUCCAGCCCCUGAAACCGUCUUCCCCAGUCCCUCCCUGGGCUGCGACUAGGUUGGACCUAGAAGCACACGGGACCAGGCUGGGCGAAGAACACUGACGCCCAGAGCCGAAUAAACAAGAGUUCCGUGUUUCA